AUGGUCAGCUCCUGUUGUGGCUCUGUCUGCUCUGAGGAGGGCUGUGGCCAAGGCUGCUGCCAGCCCAGUUGCUGCCAGCCCACCUGCUGCAGGCCCACCUGCUGCAGGCCUACCUGCUGUGUGUCCAGCUGCUGCAGACCCAGCUGCUGUCAGUCUGUGUGCUGCCAGCCCACCUGUUGCCGCCCCAACUGUUGCAUCUCCAGUUGCUGUCGCCCCUGCUGUAGCAGUUCCAGCUGUUAUGGGUCCACCUGCUGCAGACCCAGCUGCUGCAUUUCCAGCUGCUGCAGGCCCACCUGCUGUGUGUCCAGCUGCUGCAGACCCAGCUGCUGUCAGUCUGUGUGCUGCCAGCCCACCUGUUGCCGCCCCAGCUGCUGCCGCCCCAGCUGCUGCCGCCCCAGCUGCUGCCGCCCCAGCUGCUGCAUUUCAAGCUGCUGCAGGCCUUCCUGCUGCCGCCCCAGCUGCUGUCGCCCUAGCUGCUGUGUGCCUUCCUGUUGCCGCCCCAGCUGCUGUGUGUCCAGUUGCUGCAGGCCCCAGUGCUGCAUCUCCAGCUGCUGUCGCCCUGUCUGUUGUCAAACUACCUGCUGCAGGACAACCUGCUGCCUCCCAGCAUGCUCUAGUGGUUCUUGCUGCUGA